AUCAUAAUAAUAACAAAAGCGUCGCGGCUGAGUUUUGUUAUCAAAUAUUGUGCAUAGUUUUCGAGUGAUUUCCGAAAACGCGGCGUUUUGUUGUGAUGUGGAAAACGUGAUUUCAUCUGCAGUUUUCCAAGGAUGGGCGACAUUAGGGCCGGUCUCGAGGAAUUAAAACUUGACGGGGCUCUGUUUGCCGACGUUAAAUACUACGUCAGCGGCGAAGGUGAUCCCAAGAUAUUAAAUUUACUACAAGAGGGCGGUGCAGAAAGAUCAAAUUAUUUUAGUGAUUUUGUUACACAUUUAAUAGCAGGCUAUGAUGCAUUGGAAAAUGAUAUAUCUGCUGCUAAGGAUAUCUAUGAAAUACCAGCAGUUACGCAGAACUGGAUUUUAUACUCUGUCAAAUGCAACAAACUUCUGCCACCACACUAUUUUUCACCUGAAAAUACACAAUUAUUUUCGAACGUGCGAGCAUGUGUAUCUCAGGUAAGCCGUGCAGAUAGUAAAAGCCUAUGGGCAAUGAUCACAUUGCAAGGUGGUAAAUGUCAAUUACGUUUAGACCGGUAUUGCACACACUUAAUUACUGGAAAAGCUGCUGGCUUGAAGUACGAAACUGCUACUAGACAUCCCAUUCAAAUUGUAACGCCAGAUUGGAUAACAGAAUGUUGUAGAAAAGGGAGUAUCGUAAGUGAAGUCGAGUAUCAUCCUAGACUUUUAAUAUUUUCAAAUAGUUCAACAGCUAUGAUUACUGGCUUUAUGGACGAAGACACGGAAAAUAGUACUGCGCAAGAAGAACAGGAUAGAACUAAAGCUAUGUUGGAACAACUUAAACAACGUAUGCCUUGGAAUCAACCAAGUCCACCUGUAUCUUCCAAUACAUCGCAUAGUAUUAAUACAGCUAAUAUAACUGUAACAACAAUUCCUUAUUCAACAAAUGGACAGAAUACUGUUAACGUGCAGCAGCAACAUCUUUCACGUCCAAUUGCAACUACAAGUUUGUCUAAUGCCUGUACAAUCGUGUCUUCUGUAUCUGAUCAAAAUGUUACGCAAACUGGUUGGCUACCGCAAGCUUCUCAACAAAAUAAUGUUGCACAGUUGAAAUCUGUGUCACAAAUACAACAAUCAGAAAUAGCUCCGCAACAACAGCAGCAGCAACAACAACAACAGCAGCAGCAGCAGAUUAAUAUACAACAUUCAUUAUUACAACAGCAGCAGCAACAACUGAGUCAACAACAACAACUGUCGCAACAACUCGUCCAACAUCCACAAUUGCAACAAACGUAUACUCAGCAACAACUUUUAAAUCAACAACAAUCACCUCAGUUAGCAUCGCAACAACAAUUAAUAGGAGCACAACAACAGUCGCUUGCACAGCAGACAUUGAUGCCGCAACAGCAACAACAACAAAUAAAUCCACAACUACCUCAACAUCCGUUGUCAUCCUCCCAACAGUUGCUUACGCAACAACAAAAACAAUUAAAUCAACACCAGAUACUUUCCCAGCAACAACAUUUAUCUCAGCAACAGCAAAUUACUUCCCAGCAACAACUAGUUCAACAACAACAAGUGCAAUUAUCGCCGCAGCAACAAAUAGUUCUGCAACAACAACAGCAACUUCCUACGCAACAGCAACAUCAAUUAAAUCAACAACCAUCUCCAUCGCAACAGCUUACAACAGAACAGCGACAGAUUAUAUUAUUACAACAACAGCAGCAACAACAACAAAAGAUUCAACAAAUUUCUCAGCAGUUGCAACAAUCAGCGCCUCAAAGUGCUCAGCAAUUUGUUAUAAGGGAUGGCCAGUUACAGCAACAACCUCAAAAUCAACAAAUAAUGGGACCGAAUCAACAGGGCUUUAUCGUGCAAAGAGAUUCGCAAUGGCAACAACAACAGUACCACAUACAAUUACAAAGACAGCAGCAACAACAAAUUGGUUCUCAAAGGCCGAGCGGACAAUGGACGCAACAGCCGCCCCAACCGCCAAGGCAGUUGAUUCAAUUAGAUGCACAAACGCAUCAACAAUUACAACAAAUGGAUCCACAACAAAGAGCCCAAUUUAUUCAAAAGAUUCAAAAGCAGAAGAACUUAAUACUGCAAAGGCAAAUGCAAAAUCGCCAAACUCAACAAGGAGCUCAUAUUGCUGUUAUCAGAAGUCCAGGAAAGCCAGUACAGCCGGGCGGUUUACAGUGGGUUCAGCAACCACGACCUCAAAUAGUAGGGCCACAAAUCGCACAAACACCCAGCCAAAAACCAGUACAUCCUGUAGUUCAGCCGCCAGCUCUGACACCGCUGAAUUCCACCAACCCAGUGAUAGUACAAACAGGACAAACCGUACAAGGACCACAAACAGCUCAGAAUAGUCAAACUUUCCAACAAGGACAGCCUUUGACACCUCAGCACAUAGCGCAGUUACAUAUGCAAAAGCAACAAAUUGCAAGAUUGCAACAAUUACAGCAUUUGCAGCAACAGCAACAACAACAGCAGCAGCAGCAGCAGCAGCAGCAGCAGCAACAGCAGCAGCAGCAAGGUGCACAACCAGAUCCACCUCUGACACCGUUAUCUAAUAACGUUCAGAUACCGCCUGACCAACAAUUGGUCGUCAAUGCUAAAACGAAAACCGCAUUGGCGAACAUGCUGACGAACAGAUUGCAAGGCAGCGCAGCCGAGGGCAGUGCAGCCGGUCAGCUGAGACUAAUGACAGCACAACAUAGACCACCGCCUCCACCUUCACAAGAUCCUCAACUGCUUGCUGCUUACCAACGAAGAACUGUAGGAAACAUUACGAACGGAACACCAUCCGGGGCGCCGAUAAAGAUGCAAUACGCUCCGGUGAUGACACAGGCUAAAGCUCAAUUCUACGGACACAAUCCAAAUCUAAAACUGCCACCAGAUCUAUUUUUGCUAGGUUGUAUCUUUGUUAUCGUUGAAUACGACGUGCAACGUCCGAACGAUGUUUCCAUAUGGAAGCAAGUGAUCGAGAGACACGGCGGGGAGGUCGAGCCUCAGUAUUGCACGCGUGCUACUCACGUGCUGGCGAUCACGCAGAAACAUCCGACCGUAGUGCAGGCACUGCGCGAGGGGAAGCGCUGUGUCAGCGCUCACUGGCUGUCGGACGUUGUCAGUAAACAGCAGGUACUGCCACCAUGGCACGCGCUGCAUUUCCCAACGCCGUUCAGUUUGACGGAACUGCCGUGCGCGAAGCAAAUCGUCUCGUUGUCCGGAUUCGAGGGCGAGGAACGCGCGAAAGUGAAGUAUAUGCUGGAAGCGUUGGGAUCAAAGGUCACCAAUUACUUCACGAGACAUAACACACUCCUCGUUUGCAGAAGACCGGACGGUCAAAAAUAUAAAAAAGCGCGGGAAUGGCAAACUGGGGUUGUAAAUGCUCAGUGGUUAACGGACUUGUUGUGCGGACAAAUGAAUGCUAUUCAUCAGACCGAAAACCCUAAAUAUCAACAAUAUAGCCUGAGCAAUCCCUUUAGAUUGGAUUAUUCGCUAGUGCCUCAUUUAAUGGCUGCAUGGAAGAUGCCAAUAAAUAUUACUCAAGAGUCUUACGAUAAAGUAAAGCAGGUUGGUCAGGGUCCAAAUUCGAUAAGAAAGUAUAAAAAACCGCGAUUAGACGGUCCGUUAUUAAACAAAGAUCCACAUUUGCUGGGUUUAGACGAACCUAUAGUCGUCAGUAAUCCCGAUCCUCCGUCUCUGGAUAAACAACCGAGAAUAUUAUUCUCCGGUAUCAAUCCUCGAAAACAUGCGAAGAGAAUUCGGGAAUUAGGUGGUGCACUGGCAGCCAGUUGGCGGGACGCUACUCACCUCGUAAUGUCAGCACCGAUAAGGACUGUAAAAUUAUUAUGUUGCCUGUCACGUUGUAAAUAUAUUGUCACGUUGCAAUGGCUACUCGACUGUUCGGCGAGGAACACGUUUUUAGAUGAAAGUGGAUACAUGCUUGGUGAUCCAGAAUUCGAGAAGAAUUUUAAUUGUAAUAUUGAAAAGGCUCUGGCGAGCUGUAACCGGGGAACAGUACUUAAGGGUAAAAUAUUUUAUGUCACACCAAGUGUGGUGCCAUCGCCAUCGGCGAUCGCAGAAAUUAUCGAAAGCGCCGGAGGAACGAUGGAAAAAACGCGGAGGUCUCUCGCGCAAAUCCAAGAAAUGAAUAGUAAUAAAUUAACUUAUGUCAUCGUCACUCAUGAGAAUGAUCUUCAUCUUCUUUCCGACGUUUUACGUGCAAAUAUCAGUGUGUUCAGUGCAGAAAUCGUGUUAGGAGCAGUUGCACGACAAUACUUCCAACCUGAACAAGUAUGAAUACAACGCAGUUCUCUGUGUACUGCAUUUUAAUCCCUGAUACGAGCUUACUAAAUUUCUUUAGUAAGCUAUUUUAGAGAUGAAAUUUUUGCUUACCUUCUUCAAUGGGACAAUAAAGAACAUAAUUUUAUGAUACAGAAGGAACUAUUUUCACUAAUGCAUUCCAAACCUCUCCUUUCAUGCUGCUUUUUUAAAUACGCAUAUUUUAUAAUAACGUCCUCGAACAAAUUUUUA